GGAGCUACGAGGAUAUAAAAAACAGUUUGGCAGUUAUGGAUUCAUCUGAAAAUAAAAGGAAUAAAAUAGCUUUCAUUGGCGGUGGGUUGGUUGGAUCAUUAAAUGCAUGUUUCCUAGCAAAAAGGAAUUUCCAAGUGGAUGUAUAUGAAGCUAGGGAAGAUCUUCGAGUGGCUAAAUUUUCACGUGGAAGAAGCAUUAACUUGGCCCUGCUUAUAGAAGGACGACAAGCUUUGAAAGCUGUUGGCCUCGAAGAUCAGAUUGUAUCCCAAGGUAUUCCUAUGAGAGCAAGAAUGAUUCAUCAUCUUUCAGGAAAAAAGACUGAGAUUCCCUAUGGGACAAAGUCACAGUACAUUCUUUCUAUAAGCAGAGAAAAUCUAAAUAAGGAUCUAUUAACUGCUGUGGAGAAAUAUCCCAAUGCAAAGCUGCACUUUGGCCACAGGCUGUUGAAAUGUAAUCCCGAAGAAGGCAUGAUCACAGUGCUUGGAUCCGACGGAGUUUCCAAAGAAGUCACUUGUGACCUUGUUGUAGGAUGUGAUGGAGCCUAUUCAACUGUUAGAACUCAUCUCAUGAAGAAACCUCGCUUUGAUUAUAGUCAGAAAUAUAUUCAUCAUGGAUACAUGGAGUUGUCUAUUCCACCUAAGAAUGGAGAUUUUGCCAUGGAACCCAAUUUUCUUCAUAUUUGGCCUAGAAAUACCUUUAUGAUGAUUGCACUUCCUAAUAAGAAUAAGUCUUUCACAUGUACUUUGUUCAUGCCCUUUGAAGAGUUUGAAAAACUUGUAACUAGCAGUGAUGUGCUGAAUUUCUUCAAGAAGCACUUUCCAGAUUCCAUUCCUUUAAUGGGAGAGCAAGCCCUGACACAAGAUUUCUUUUUGUUGCCUGCCCAGCCCAUGAUAUCUGUAAAAUGUUCUUCUUUCCACUUUGAAUCACACUGUGUGCUGAUGGGAGAUGCAGCUCAUGCAAUAGUGCCAUUUUUUGGGCAAGGAAUGAAUGCGGGUUUUGAAGACUGCUUGGUUUUUGAUGAAUUAAUGGAUAAAUUCAAUAAUGACUUUGGUCUAUGUCUUCCUGAAUUUUCAAGAUUUAGGAUUCCAGAUGACCACGCAAUUUCCGACCUAUCUAUGUACAAUUAUAUAGAGAUGAGAGCAUAUGUCAACUCAAGAUGGUUCAUGUUCAGAAAGAACAUAGAGAAAUCUCUUCAUGUUAUCAUGCCAUCUACGUUUAUUCCUCUAUACACCAUGGUCACCUUUUCCAGAAUAAGAUACCAUGAGGCAGUGUUGCGUUGGCAUUGGCAAAAAAGGUGGGAGCAGAUUAUGCUUUUAUAAAUAUCUGAUACAUUCGAGCUCAUACAAUUAUGG